GCGCUGCAGACAUGUAGGACUUCAGACUGACUGGCUGUCUAGUGGAAAACACGGCCACAGAAAACUCACAGGAUUGAAGGAAACUUUUCAUCUUUUAAACACUGAGAUAGCUCAUAAAGAAAGUCACUGCUGCAGCCAUAAAAACCAAGAAAUAUGGAGGAUCUCAGGCGCAGCAGAUUUGACAGCCUGGAUGCUGGGACAGUGUAUGAGAAUGAUAUGGGGGCCCAGAUGACCAUUGACCUGGAGGGUGCGGAUCCUGCCAUCAACCUUGAGCCAACUCCAGCAGAGCUGGCUCAGUGUGAAGCGGAAGUGGGAACCCUGCUGAAUAUCAUCGCUGAACUCAACAAGAAGAUGGGGUCCCUGAAAGCGCCAAGUGAUCCAGGCGACAUGAGACGACCAGCUCUAUCCAGGCCUCUGGUUCCAGAUCUCCUGUCUCACCGGCUGGUGAAAAGCAGCCCGGAGAGGAACUCUGUCUCCACUGCCACAGCCAAAGCUGCAGUCACCGACCAAGGGGGCACUGGUGUCGUCUGGACAAAACUGCAGGAGGUUUUAUCCAAUGUGGAAGACUCCAUCAGCUUCAGGAGGACCUGGGCUGCCCCCAUCUCAGCCUCUGACCACGACAAACAAAAAGAGCACCUGAGAGCAGCUCAGGAAAACUGGGCUAAAGCCACCACGAUACUGGAGGAAAUGGAGAGAGAUUUUGGGAUUUCGUGCCCGCUAGGCCCACCGAAGGAGCAAUACGUUCAGGACAUGCUGGAUGUGGAAAAACGUGAGGCUGCGCUCAGGAACAGCUCACAAAGUGCCAUCAACCUUGUUGAGGAGGAGAGAAACAAGCUGAUCAGUCUUCAUAAAUCCUGGAGGUCUGGCGGUCACUCUCCUUCCUACCGCUCCUCUGCAGGAGCUUUCAGCCCAGACUGGGCCUCUCCCCCCUUCCCUGGCUCCCCGCUGCUUCACAGAAGGUCUAACAGAGCAAUACCACCUCUUUCUGUGGGCGGGGAUCCACUGGGCUCUGUUAACUCAGGCAGUCCAUGUCCGAGUCCCAUCAGCCUGGAGGCCGAGACAGAGCGACUAAACAGAUACAUUGAUAGGCUGAAAGCCAGAAAUGAACGUCUGACUGCAGCUCUGGAGCGAAGGAAGAACGAGUUGGAGCAGAUUAACCUCACCCUGAUCAGACUGGAGUCUGACUGCUCGGCCCUGCAGACGGCUCUCAGAUACUGCGAGGAGUGUGAGGAGGCCUACAACGAGCUGCUGUCACUUUAUGAUGCCAAGAAGCUGCAACGCGCUCCUCUGCAGACGGACUCAGCAGAGCAGGACAGUGACAGGCAGCAGGCUGAGAGUCCAUCGGCUCAGCUCAGGAGCAUGGGGACUGAGGAGCUGUCCACCUCCUUUUCAACAGCAGGGGUCACAGAGGAGACGGAAACCAGGAGUCAAACAGGCCACAGGAUACCUGAGCCAGUGGACCGGGAGGCGGCUCUCAGACAACAAAUUGAGCGUCUGAAGAAAGACCGGGCCGCCAUCUGCCUCCCGAAGCCAGCUCCUGGGGCGGAGAACAAACUGAACCCAGAAAGUGGACACCAAGUUGGACCGAGAUCUGACCACCCGUAUAGAGAUAAUAAGACUGAUAACAAGAAGGAGAAAUCUUCCCUGUUCCACGAACUUAUCUCAGUCAGGGAGGAGAUGUCGGAUCUGCGAUCUCUAAUCCGCCUCAAAGAGAAAGAGCUGCGAUGUCUGGAGUGGAGUUUAAUGAGUCAGAAGGCUCAGGAAGCAGCGGGAGUUUUCAUCCCAGAGAGUUUAAGAGAGGAGCUGGAGGAUCGUAGAACCGAACAACAGAAUGCAGCUAAGCUUGGUUGUGACGGGGACAUAGCUGGUCCUCGAACCAGACCCAUCCUAAAAGAGCUGCAGGCUGUUCUUCAGAGAGAACAAGCCCUGAAAAAGAGACUGGCUUUGGUCCAUGACUCACUGAGCACAGCCGACUCAGACAGCCCGGCACACCGGAGGGACAACGAAGAGCAGAUCGCUCGACUCACACAAGCUCACAGUAAAGCCUUGAGUUCGUACCGGCAGAUUCGCAGGAAGUAUCGUGAGCAGGUGUGGCGGCUGGAGCAGAAAGUGGCGGCCAUGACGGAGAGCCAGGUCAACCACGGUGGAGCAACGAAAGUAGCUGGAGCAGGAGAAGCCCUGGAGUGGAGGAGGGAAGAGACAGUUUUAUAAAAUACAGAUAUUUCAUUGUUAGUAACCUACCAUAUGUUAUUUUGAUCAACUAAGUGCAAAUCUGAAUAUUUUCCGCUCUUUUGUUAAACAAACUGUAAGCUCCUUUACGUGUACACACAGUACCCAUAUCUGUAGAUAUCUGCAGUUUAUUCAAAAUAUACCUCUAUGCAUUUAUUUACUCUUCAUUGUCGACUUGCCCUGAAGUCACUUGCAUCAUUAUUUGGCUCUUCAGACAUGAAUGUAUAAAGUGAAGGGGUGAACAGCAUUAAACAGUGUUUGACCUCUGCCUAUAGAGCUCCGGUGAAAGUUGCCAAUUCACUGAAUCGGAUUCCAAAGCUUAACUUGUCUAACAGGACUCACACAUCACAAGACACAUUCCUUAUUUCAGAGGAGCAGCUGUCACGCGCUCAUGAAUGUGUGAGGCUGAUUCAAGGAGCGAUCCCACCAAACACCACGGGUCUGACCUCGGGAGCGCAUAUGUCCAUUUUGCUGUAAAAGCUGACUCUAUAAAGCUACUGCGCUCUGGCUGCCUCAUCAAGGCAAAUCUAUGAGGAGGGGGAUGGGUCCGGGGCUGCACAAUGGCUGGCGUGCACACAAAUGAGUAAUAAGCCCAUUCACUUUCUUUGCACCAUUAUAGCUUCACUUUCAAUGGCCUUCACACUUGAGUUCUCGGUUGACGAGUGAAAUGGUAAUCCAGCGCGACCAACACAAAAGAUGUGUCUCGAUGUCUACGAGGAUGCAAUUUUUCCAUUAUUUCUUGAUGGUUUCAGAAACUGUAUGAACUUCUGAACUGUGAUA